UUAACUUAUUUUUAUUAUGAUAAAGUUACAUAAAAAACUAAUUCUUUAUUUUACAUUUUUGUUGUUUUUUUGUUUUCUAUACAUUCAAAGUUUUGGUUUUGCAUGGUUUUGGUUAAUUCGCACGGAUAUAUUCAAAUCAUCCUUAGAUUUUAAACUAGCAAGCAGAGCAAACUCAUUUAAUGCAGUGUGUUUUAGAGAACGUUUUAAAAGCAUCCUUCUUGUAAUAAUUUUUAAUUUUCCACUUUAUAAUCAUUUAUUGUUGCUUCAAGAUAUAUACAGCAAAGGUUUUCCAAAUAUAAUGUUUUGCGGACCGAUAAAUUCGACAUCGCCUUCUUGGGUAUUAAAAAGUGUAACUUUUAAAGGAUAUUUCACUUACGAAGAGUGCGCUGCACGCUCAAUGCAGAAUCAUCAUAACUAUACCGGGUAUUUAGUAAUUAGCGAUGACGUAUUAGUAAAUUAUUGGAACUUAGAGCGUUUAAACCCAAAUAAAAUUUGGGAUGGACCAAAAUCGCCAAUUAAAGUUGGUAAUUUUACAAAAGCUAUUCGUUGGUACUGGUGGAACAGCCGAUGGGGUGCAAGUAAUUGUUAUAAAGCAAUAAAGAAAAUAAAUUCUCUUUUUAAACAUGACUAUAAUCAAAGCCUUUAUAAAAACAUGAACAAAAUACUUGAUUUUGAAAAUUCUGAUUUACGUAAAAUGGUUUCCGGUGAAAAUGUAUGUUAUGGUGGACGGUCUGAUAUUUAUUACAUUCCUAAGAAAAUGGCACAAGGUUUUAUUGAACUUUCCAAAGUUUUUAAAGAACAAAACGUGUUUUUAGAAAUUGCAGUACCCACAAUAAUAAGAAUGCUUACUACAAACAUGAUUUAUUUAAAAGGUGUUUACAUGCCAGGAAGGGUGGGUACAGAUCCUGUGUCUAAAAGCGAAAUUGUUUUGAAACAUUACAGUUCUGAUCUGCACUUUAUUCAUCCAUUAAAACUCAAUUACGGUCAAAAAUCACUUGGAAAUAUAGAAUUUUUUAAAAGAUAUGCGUACAACAUUUCAUCCGCCUGUUAACAUUUUAAAUAUUUAUUUAUUUUUUUAUUUUUUUUAUUUUAUAAAUUGUAGGUUUUAUACUAAAUUUUUGC